AUGAAGCGCUUUUUGCAAAUCCCCACCCGCUCUCUCACUCGUCGAUUCUUCUCACAAUCCAUAUGUCAAGCAUCUUCACGCUUAUACAAGCCUCUCAACCCUGGGACGUCAGAGAUCAGACUCCUCAAAAUACCACCAAACCCGUCCUCCGAAUUUGAGCUUGUCACUGUAUCUCUCGACGAUGAACCCAAGUAUGCGGCACUGUCCUAUCUCUGGGGGGAUCCCGAAAAAUGUGGCCAGGUCACCAUCAAAGGAAACGCCGUCAAAAUCCCGGAUAACUUAGCUUCAGCCUUUCUCUGCGUCUUGAGCGAUGACUCUUUCAGAUCACAGUCACAUGCCAGGUAUCUUUGGGCUGCUGCGAUUUGUAUCAACCAGAACGAUCUUGAUGAGAGAUCUCAACAAGUUCAGCUUAUGCGUCGUAUCUUCCAACACGCAUAUGUCACGUUUGCCUGGGUUGGCCCAAAAGAUUAUUCUCUUGCUUUUGAAACUAUCAAAACAAUUACGAAGGAGAUAUAUGAGAAUACGCCCAGGGGAAGUGCCCCAUUUAAGACAAACUUCGAUCUCGAAUGGUUGCGGCGCCAUCCUAUGCUUUGUAUCGACAGAGGAUCCGAUUUACCAAAUAACCACUUGAACGAUCCUUGGUCAGCUGUAACCGACUUCUUGCAACAUCAAUAUUGGCAACGAGUUUGGAUAUUCCAAGAAAUUGUUCUCGCGAAACAACUUAUCUUCAUCAGUUUAGGAGAAGCCAGUCUUUCUUGGUCUAUGCUCCGUGAUACUCCCCAGAGUAUAAUUUCUGUUGCCAAAGAGAACAAGCCCGAUUUCCAACCGGAAACAGCAUGGAAUCUUCUCAGCAACCCGAUGGCAUGGGGGAAGCUCUCAUGGCUAUUCCUUGCGCAAGCACGCACCAAGAUCCCGGAUCCAGAUGGCUUCAAAGGGUGGGCUGUGUCAACUUUUGCAGCUAAUCUACAGGCCACCGAUGAUCGGGAUUACAUCUAUGGUCUUCUCGGAGUCUCUGGGUUGCCGAUUACACCUGACUAUAACCCCAAGAACACUACCUCGCAAGUCUAUACCAAGUACAUUGCAGGCUGGCUGAAAGCUGCCCGCACACAACAAACCACACAUGUCCACAGUCCUCUUGCGUUUUUGUCCCUCGCAGGCACUGGGGAAUAUGGUCAAUCAGAUCUACCAAGCUGGGUCCCCGACUACAGAAAGAAGAGAAAAGUUUCACCAGCCUGGUGUUAUAGUGCCAGCAAUUUUCGUUCAGCCGAUGAAGGUGACCCGACUCUAUCGCCCACUCAUCGUGCAUGCUACCCUUAUGUUGUCAAAGAAACACAAAGUCUGUUCAGUUGGGAUAAAGAUAUGGGACAUAUUACUUUGUCCACAAACUGCCUUCGCGAUUCUGAUCCAGAGAUCUUGGCAUCAUUCAUGUCCUUCGCAAACUCUUUCACCAUGCGCAAUUCGAAAUAUGUUACAGGAAUUCCGGCUGCCCAGGCUAUUAUCAGACUGAUGUCCAUGGAUAAAACGAGAAACGUCUCUCAGGACCUUGUCGAUAGUGCUAUGAAUCUGGCUAUGCUGAUCACCUAUUUCAAUAUGUCCAAGUCCCAAACUGUCACAAAAACCUGGAGCUCAAAUUGGGAUCAUGAUCUUCUCAACAUGGCGUUUUUUCCGUCAGAACUGGCUCCCAUGAAAGUCAGACUUAAUGUCCUCGAGGAACUCAGCUCCUGGAGUCUCGAAAGACAAAGACAAGCUGUGUCAGGAACCAUGCCAGUACUCUACAACUACAGAUUCUUUGAGACAAGUCGGGGAUACUUGGGCGCAGUUAAUUUUGACGUUCUUGAAGGAGAUAGGCUUUGCAUUCUGUGGGGGUACAAGGAGCCAGUCAUCCUGAGGCCAGAUGCAACGGAUCGCUACACAUUUGUAGGUCCAGCAUAUGCAGUUGAUGCGGACAUUGAGAACACAGUUCCAAGCCCACGAUCUCGAGGACAAUGGUUUGAGCUACGAUAA